AUGCGAUCAGAACACGAGACAUUUUUGAUUAUGUUCGUUUUUCGUGAUGAUGUAAUUUUUCAUUAUAACAUGAUGUUUUUUAAUUAAUAUUUUUAUAUGUUAUAUAGAAAUUGAAAUAAAAAUGUCAAAUUCGCUUGUAAGAAAAGGACUUGAGUUAAUGGGUUGUGAAAAAAGCAUAAAACAAGAAAGAAAGAAAAGAAAACAUAUAAAGUAUAAAGGUACACUGGAUCUAAUCCCUCCAAAACACAGGAUAUUAUCUAAAAAUGAUAAAACAGAUCUUGGUACAAUUUUUGGACGAUCAAGUAAAAUAACUGUCUAUGAAACUCAAAAAAAAUUAGCUGCACAAAAAGAUUCUACAGAUAAAAAUAUACAGAAACUUUUAAUACUUAGUAAUAAUCGUAUUGAUCCAAAUACAACAAAUAAGUUAUUAGAGAGAGCCUUGAAAAAGAAAUAUAUUCCAAAAGUAAAGAAACCUAAAGAAUCUGAAACUACUGCAUUUACUGAAGAAGAUUUCAAAAAGUUUGAGAAAGAAUAUAUGGAUCAAUAAUAAGUAAAUUGUAUUUUUAUUAAAUAAAUUGUAUUUCCUAAAUUAUCUUAGAUAAACAAGAUUAAGAAAAAAUAUUAUUAAAUUCACUUAAUAAAUUUUAUUUGAUACUA